UCUAAUUUGGCAUUUUAAAUCGUGCAGCACACUCGGCUGCACUUGCAACUUUUCAUUGUUUGAAGCGCAAUUAAUAUUUAAUUCGAGUAAUGAGUUUUAGCCAACGCCAACCAGAAUGGCACAAUUUACCAGCGGUGGCACUAAAUCGGAUAUUCGACCAUUUGGAUCCCGAGGAUCGUCGGUCGGCAGCGAGUGUUUGUUGUUCCUGGAGACUUUCCUUCUUUCGAAAACGCUACUUUAGAACCUUCCGCUUUCAAUUGGAUUUGGCACGCGAUGAUCAGUUGGCUUUCUUCCAUCGUUCCAUGGCCAAUUUGACCCGGGAACUGAUUGUAGUCUUCGAUUUUCAAAAUGCAUUUCACAUUCAGAAGAUGCGACGACUUCUAUACAAAGUGGCACGCUGUGAUAACAUCCAGAGAUUGCGUUUUCAAACCCACAACGCGGGUCUUGUUGCCAUCGGCAGUAUGCACAGUGAUCAGUUGUUGGCCAUCGAACAAUGCUUUGUAGAGCCCCUGAAGCUUUUUCUGAGUCGCACGCGCCAGCCCUGCCAGCUUCUAGAUCUUGGGGCCAUCGAAGCCCUCACAUACUACGGCCAUGACUUCCUUAAGUCCAUGGGCAAGCCCCAGGAACUGAUGCAAUUAACGCUGGCCAGCAUUAAAUACGAUCCUAGUCAUUAUCCCAUUCUCUCACUCGACACGACACUGCUGCAGAAGUGCGCAUCCCUACAGGUGCUCUCCCUGGACUACGACACACUAUCAGACGAACUGCUUCACACUAUCCAGGUGCUACCACUGCGGAAACUGCUCAUCGUGGUGCACGGUCUGGAUAGCGAGGAACAUCCCGAAGUGUCGGAGACGGCCUGGUCCCAUUUUUCGGACCAUUUUUCAAGCAUUGAGUUGGUGCUGACUCUUGUGUACGCCUAUGAGGCCAUCGAAUUACUGCAGCAUCGCGUCCUUCGUAGAAACAUGCCUGUUACCCAUGUCCGACUGCUCUUCUGCGAACAAAUGAACGAAGAAGCCCUGGAGUGGAUGUCAGUGCAUCAUAGCGAAACGCUGCGCAGUAUUCAUUAUGUGGACUCAAUGUACAAACAUUUCAACCACAUGGACUACGCUCGCCACCGCUUCCAGCGCCAGGAUCCCUUUAUAAUGAUGGCAUGGCGCUGCAAGCAGCUGGAGGAGAUCGUGGUGCAUGGCUACUCAAUGGAACCGCACAACAUCGUUGGCAUCGCCAGGCUUCGGGGUCGGCAGCUUAAGCGUCUGGAGGUCUCCAUGAUUGAUUGGUCCGGAGCUGCAUCUAUGAAUGCCUACAAUGAGGAAAUAAGCACCUUGCUGGGACAACAGUGGUCACCCAUCGACCCUAACAACAUACCGUCAUCGCUACGCGAUCAAUUCGUGUACGAAAUGCUGCGCCAGGAUCUCAGUCAGUAAGUGGUCAAGUUAGGAACUCACUCAAAAAUAACCAAAAAUUCAAGCAAAGUUACCAAGUGAACUAAAGAAAGGCAAACAUGACACGUGAUCAACUCGAGCGCAUAGAAAUUAAUUGAAAAAUUGCAAAACCUAAUUACGUAGCUAAAAGAAAACCCAAAAGAGAUAUGUAAGCAAAAAAGAAAAUUCAAUCGUUAUACUAAGUUGUCAAAAUUUGUAUAUGUAAACCAAACCUUUUGAUUGGCAAGCAUUUUAUAGAAGUUAAAUUUCCUAAGUUGUUAAUCUAUGUAAUCAAAAGCGCUAUUAGCCCUAGUUUGUUAGUCAAAUAGCGACAGAUCAAGAGGAAGAUGCAUGUUAGGAGCAAAGCAAAAGACUUCAGCACUUCACAAAUUUAUGUAAUUAUGUAAAGGGGCGAGACGAGUUUGUUGAAACCUGCUAGAGAAACAUCAUUUUAUAAGCAACAACAACUGUGAUUCAAACGAAAUGCAAAACCGAAUGCAGACGAAAGUGCAAGUGCAAGCCAGUGUAAGCAAUUACGACACCAACUCUCAUACAAAACAAAACAAAACAAAAACGACAACAACAAAUUGUUAUGCGAAUUGUCUAGUUAGCUAAGUUUAAAAGUAACAAAACAAAAGUGUUGAAAAAUGUUUGUAAAACCAAAACUACGACCAAUGUCAAAUUGUUCGCUCAAAACUCAAUUGGCACAAAUUGUUAACCUUUGUAGUAGUGUGAUUAAGUACGGAGUCCGGCGCUCUAUUGUGAUAAACCAACAAACAACAAAAUAAGCAAAUGUAACAACAACGAGAUUUCGAUCCUCGUUAGCUAAGCGCCGCCAUUUGUGUAGUUUAAAGUGAUAUUACCAGCAACAGCAAAGCAAAAUUGUAAGCAAAAUACAAAACACCACACAGAUAUAUAUGUAUUGUAAUAGCCAAAAAGAGCUAAAUUAGCUGUCGUGUGUGGUAAAUGCGUUGUGGCCAGAGUAACGGGCCAGAAAGCCAGGCAAUUGUAAGACCCUAAAAAAAACCCAACUUUUAAGUAUUUCAUAGCACAGGCAUUAAUUUAUACAACUAUGUACUAUAUAAUUAACCUAUGUUUGCACAAAACAGCAGCGUGUUGUCACGAGCCACGGCUCAUCCUCCCCGGAGUUGCUUGCCGACCAACAAAGUACAACAGCAACAAUGACAACAUCAACAACAACAACAACAAUGGUACCUGAAGAUCAUGCUGAGCAUUUAAUGAACAACAGAACAACAACAACAACACAAAGUACUUGCUCAAAUCUAACAAUCUAAACAAACACAAAAUCUAUUGAAACAGAAGACUGAACGAUUAAGAAAAUCGCGACGAGGGUGUUGGCUUCGUUGUCAGAGCAACGCGGAGGAUGGCACUGGGUCUCUGGGACAAGCAGGCGCAAACAAAAUGCGAUCUCAAAGACAACUCUUACAACUAAUAUCCAAUCGACCAUCUAUAUUUGUAUGUAUCUAAAUGUAACCAAUGCGUGUAAUAAUUUUUGUUAUCAACUGCAAUAGCGAAUAUUAAUUUGUAAAAAAAAGAAACAAGUGCAAAAAUGUGUGUAAAACGAUGCAAUGUAAGAAUGUAUGUCAAAACAGCUAAAGAGCAACUGUAACACGGCCACAGAAAGUUAAUCAAAAAACAGUGUUAAGGGUUAGCAAGGGAUUUGAAAUCCGCGCCCCAAAAUUAUGUUAGCAGACCUGUUUUUUUGUGUGGCUGUGCAUUUAAUUUAAGUCUAGUACGUACCAACACAACAACCAACAACAAAUGUGAUAAAAGUGUCAUGCUGCUUCCAAGAACAACAUACCGUGCAAAAUGCGACCAAAGAUACUGCACGAUCGAAGCAAUGAGAACGGUAGUCAGCAUUGGAAAGCCAGGGCCCGAUUAAUGGGGGAUAUAGGGCAUAUAAAGGCUCUAUUUCAUGGCAAUUCGACACCCGAGUUUCCUUAACAUAAUCAAAACCUAUCAAUUCGGAAGCACAUUUAAGAAACAGCAACCUUUAUUAUUUAAGAAAAGAAAAAAUUCAUCUAUAUCGCAAAAAAGACCGAAUUAAAGUAUCGUUUUGCUAUGGAAUAGAGCUUGGUUAGAUCGUUAGCUUAAUAUCCAGCCUUUAUAAAUUGUUAGGAGGCCGUCAAUCAAUGGAUUCAUUCAAUUACAAUCAACGUAAAUGAAAUCAAGUAUUAAGUUUUUCUGUUAUACUAGAGUCACUUCCAACGCUGCUGUAUAUGAGUAACGUUCUUUUUGUAUACUUACUACAAAAACAAAUAUAUAUUUUAUAUGCCA